AUGCGCGCUCUCUUGCGCCCACUUUCGACGCACACCGUCUACUCACCCAUCGAAUGCAUCGUCACUGUCUUCGUCCUCGCCACCCUUGCAUACUUCCACAUACUCUCUGGGAUUAAGCACUCGUCAUUCUUCGAGGCAACUCAGCCGCCCGCCCUCCGACCUGCCUAUGCGCGUCUGACUGACGGAGAAUGGGUCGCCGUCACCAAGCACGACUGGGCUGAUGCGUGGAAGCGUGCCGGGGAUGGAAUUAAGGCUUUGGAGCUGCAGCAGCUCGUGUUCAGCCUGGAUGACAAGGCGCGCACGGCUACCCCUCUUGACGCGUCCGCCGUCGGGCAGCACCUCGUGUCGGAGCUUCCCUCGCUCUCUGGCAAGGCCUACCCGUCAAUCUGCCACUACGCCGGUUCCAACGAGUCCUCUGUCGCGUGCUUCACCAGUGUUUCUGAGCCUGGCGCGUCCACCACUCUCACCUUGUCAUUCAAACCCGGCGCCCGUGAAGAUUGGGUCGGCGCUUUCAGGCGGGAAAACGCCAUUUUCGUUGAUGGUGUGAAAUACGAAGUCGAUGCCGGCAAGCGUCAUGUAAGCAUUGGAGAGAUGAAGAGCAGCAAGUGGGUCGCCUAUGCGCUCAGCGCUCUCGUGCUGCGUUUCUACGAGCUCGCCAAGAAGGCAGACUCCUUGGAUAUCCUCGUUGUCCUGACGGGCUAUAUCUUGAUGCACGUCACCUUCGCCAGACUGUUCCUGUCUUCCCGUGCUCUCGGGUCGAACUUUUGGCUGUCGACUGGCAUCUUCUCGUCUGCGCUCAUCUCGUUCCUCUUCACGCUCCCGAUUUGCCGCUCGCUCGACAUUCCUCUGGACCCCAUCGCCUUGACUGAGGCGCUGCCAUUCCUCGUAUGCACAGUUGGAUUCGACAAGCCCCUCCGUCUUGCUCGUGCUGUCUUGGCCCACCCCCACAUGAUCAAGCCCCAGGAGAACGGCCGGAUGAAGCCUUCAGGCGAAGUCAUUUUGGAGGCUCUGGACCGCGUCGGGAACGUUAUCCUCCGCGAUUACGCGCUGGAGAUUGCGGUGCUUUUUGUCGGCGUUUACAGCCGUGUCGGCGGCCUGAAGGAGUUCUGCGCGGUCGCUGCUGUUGCCCUCGCGACGGACUGCGUCAUGACGUUCACGCUCUACACGGCGGUCCUGACUGUCAUGGUUGAGGUUCGCCGUAUCAAGAAGGUCCACGAGAUGAACCGUUCGCGUUCCAGCUCGAUUACCGCUGUGACUGCGAAUGGUACGGCUGUGCGCGGCGCUCUGUCGCGCACGGCCAGCAAGACCAACCUCCGCGCGGAGGAGUCGCACGAGCCUAAGAACCUGCGUGAGCGGGUGUCGGCGUCCGUUAUCGGCGUGAAGGGUUCUCUUCUCAAGGACGGCCCCCGGAUGGAAGAGGUGGAGAACCCGAUGGCGAGGCUGAAGUUGCUUUUGAUCGCCUCUUUCCUUACUCUGCACAUCCUCAACUUCUGCACGACCCUGACGCCCGCGACGACUAACGCCCGCCACCAGAGGCACCCGCUUCGCUCCGCCGAGGUUGUCCCCGCCCCACGUGUCGACAUCACCACCCCCGCGAUUGCGAGCGUUCUUGCCAACCUCGCUGUGUCUGAGCAAGCACAAACUGGCGAGCCUAUCCAGCUUGUUGUCAAGUUUGCGCCGCCCGUCUAUGUUCACGCCACGCCGAUCGCCACUGCCUCCCCUCACGCCUCCAACGCGGACACCGGCGAGGCGAUCGAGAAUUUCAUGUCUUCAUGGAGUUCGCUUGUCGGCGACCCUGUCAUCUCGAAGUGGAUCGUCGCCCUGCUCGCUGUCAGCGUCGCGCUCAACGGGUACCUCCUGAAAGGUAUUGCGGCCGGUUCUGGUCUUGCGGCAGUACGUGCUGUGCGUACCCAGGGUGUGCGCUUCCGCUCGCGUGCGCGUUCCGUCAAGCUCUUCGAGCACGAAGACCCCGAGGAAGAGGAGCACAGGCCCGCGCCAGUCAUGAUCAUGGCCAGCGCCGCGCCCGUCAUAGCAGCCCCCGAGCCAGCCCCGAUCACGGAGCCCGAGGUCGCGCCCGUCGUGCAGCCGCCGUCAUCGGUUUUGAGCCGCCCGUUGAACCUGGAGACCAUUGACAGGAAGCUCUCGGAGCGCCUUCCCAUUCGCUCGCCCGCUCCCAUCGAGCCGCGCACCCCCGAGACGCCCGAACCGGUGCAGAUGGACGUUCGUUCGCUCGCGGAGUGUGUGGACAUUUUCGAGAAUGGACCUCGGCCAGUAGCAGUUGCGCUGAAGAUGCUCAACGACGAGGAGGUCAUCCUCCUUGCGCAGACGGGCAAGAUCGCGGCGUACGCGCUGGAGAAGAUGCUCGGCGACCUUGACCGGGCUGUUAAGAUCCGGCGUGCGCUCAUCUCGCGCGCAUCGCGGACGAAGACGCUGGAGGGCUCGCUUGUGCCCAUGAAGGACUACGACUACUCGCGCGUCAUGGGUGCGUGCUGCGAGAACGUGAUUGGCUACAUGCCUCUGCCUCUCGGUAUCGCUGGACCCCUCAAGAUCGACGGCCUCAUGUACCCCAUCCCGAUGGCUACCGCUGAAGGCACUCUCGUCGCGUCGGCUUCUCGCGGGUGCAAGGCCCUGAACGCUGGCGGAGGUGUCACUACCGUCCUCACCUAUGACGGCAUGACCCGCGGACCGGCUAUUGACUUCCCGUCGGUCGUGCGUGCGGCCGAGGCGAUGGCGUUCAUCGAGUCGACAGAAGGCUACGAGGCUAUCAAGGAGACCUUCGAGUCGACGUCGCGCUUUGCGCGGCUGCUCAAGAUCAAGUGCGCGCUGGCCGGGCGGACGCUGUUCGUGCGCUUCGCAACACGCACCGGUGACGCGAUGGGCAUGAACAUGAUCUCGAAAGCGACGGAGGCCGCGCUCGCGCUGCUCGGGCGGGAGUUCCCGGACAUGAUCGUACUGUGCCUCUCGGGCAACUACUGCACGGACAAGAAGCCGGCGGCGAUUAACUGGAUCGAGGGCCGUGGCAAGAGCAUCGUCGCGGAGGCGGUCAUCCCUGGCAAGAUUGUGAAGAGCGUGCUGAAGACGACGGUCGAGAGCUUGUGCAACGUGAACAUUAAGAAGAACCUCGUCGGUAGUGCGAUGGCGGGCUCCGUUGGUGGCUUCAACGCGCACGCGGCGAACAUCCUCACGGCGAUUUUCCUUGCGACCGGUCAGGAUCCGGCGCAGAACGUCGAGAGCUCGAACUGCAUGACCCUCAUGGAGCCAACGAACAACGGCGAGGACCUCCUCAUGACUGUCACCAUGCCUUGUAUCGAGGUCGGCACCGUCGGCGGCGGCACGAUCCUCGCACCCCAAAUGGCCGUGCUCGACCUGCUCGGCGUCCGUGGCGCGCACCCUACGAACCCCGGCCAGAACGCGCAGCAGCUCGCACGUAUUAUCGCGGCGGCCGUCAUGGCCGGCGAGCUCUCGCUCAUGUCCGCGCUCGCGGCGGGCCAUCUCGUCCGCGCGCAUCUGGCACACAACCGCUCGCAGCUGAACACGCCGAUGCCCUCCCGCCCGCAAACUCCGGGCCCCGAGGAGACUGCGCCCCAGUUCCCUGUGGUAGCGCCCACGAGCGGCGCACAGCCGUACAACGUCGACUCGAAGUAG